AGUCUAUGAUUUACGCACACACGUAAACUGACAACAUUACACAAUAAAAUUCAACAUGGCUGUCUAUUACGAAUGGGUUCCUUCGCGGUUAUAUUUUCUCAAUUUCUGUUUAAUCUAGCCGGUAUCGUUUUUGGAAAUACAUUGCCUUAUUUUUAAUAAUGUAAGUCAAUGUGUUUAAUAUAGAUUUCUGCGUAUACUGAAGAUGAAAGUUAAUUUAUUGACGGAAACAAAAAAGGGUGUCGAGAAAGCUAAAUUUUCACUCUCACUUAAUAGAAAUAAUGCAAUAAAAUUAAACAACGAAAAUAGUAUAAGUGCGAAUCCAAACCAGACGCAAGAGUUGAAUGAAGAUAAAGAGAAUAAACCUGUGAAGAGGCCUCUGAAAAGCACUUACUUUAAUACAUUGAAUGCUGCCAAGAGACUGAAACCUUUGACGGAAGAAGCAUUAAAACAUACAGAAUCAUCAACGAAGCAGAAGCAGAUCAUACUUGAGCCGUUUUCAAGUGACAUUGCCAUGUUGAAUGGCCACCACCCCUCAGAUAACCAAUAUGGAGGGAGUACACAAUGGAAAACCCCCAUUGCCACUCUCUCCAAUCUUGGAAACACAUGUUUUUUAAAUAGUGUUCUGUAUACUUUAAGAUAUGCCCCCCAAUUUGUUCACAACCUCCACCACCUGGUGUCAGACCUAAAUAGAGUAGAACAGAAACUCGGCAGUAUCAGAUUAAAAAGCUCAUCACUGGGUCGCAGUGCCGCCGGUCUAGCCUCAUCGGGGACAAGAUCGUGGAGUAGUAAGGAUUUACUAUCUUUGGGACAGUCUGAUAGUAAUGCUGGAAAAAGUAAAAUACAGAUAGCAACAGAAAAACUACACGAGACAUAUUUAAGCUUGCGAGCAGCGGAAAGUAAAUGUCUCAACAGUAAUGUUGCCGAUGCAAGUCCGGAACCUUACGCCGCAGAUACCUUUCUAGCUGCUUUGAGAGAAGUCAACUCGACCUUUGAAGGUAAUAGACAACAAGAUGCGCACGAGUUACUAGUGUGUAUACUGGACAGUAUUCGAGAAACCUGCCGCGCAUUAAGUGCGAGAGCUUCGCGACUGCCCUUGCAGGAGAAUGGUGACAGCAACGGCUUAGGUCGUCAGCCGUGUUUAGACAAUGAUGGCGGGAAGACAUUAGGGAAUCUACGCAAGUCAUGGAAGAAACGUAAAGAAGGCAAGUCGAAUGAAAAACGUAACUCGCCUUCGGAAGAACGAGACUCACCGGACCCGGAGAAAGAUGAACGGUCAAGACCGGGUUGGGAUUUUGUUGCUGAUGACUUUGAAGGUACAAUGGUAGUGAGGACAAUGUGCCUCGAGUGUGAAGCGGUGACGGAGAAAGCGCAAGCUGUUUGUGAGCUGUGCGUGCCCGUGGGCGACGAGGACGCUCCCGACGAGCCCUUCAGGGCCGCCUGCCUCUCCAGUGAAUACCUGCGCGAUCAGAAUAAGUAUUGGUGUGAGCGCUGCUUGCGUUACAAUGAAGCAAGACGGAGUGUAGCGUAUUCACGGUUGCCGAGGCUACUUGUGUUGCAACUGAAGAGGUUUAGCGGUGGCAUGGAGAAAAUCACAAGACACGCUCCCACGCCCUUACUCAUGCCUUGCUUCUGUGAGCCCUGUGCAAAAAGACCACCGGAACACCCGCCAACUCAUAGAUACAUCCUGUGGGCGGUGAUAAUGCACCUGGGACAGACGCUGACGGGCGGGCACUACGUGGCGUACGCGCGCUCGCAAGGCGAGGGCAAGUGCGAACGCGAAGGCGGUGGCGACGCGACCAGCAGCGGCUCCAGCUUCAUGCGCACGCUGUUCGCGCGCCGCCCGCCCGCCGGUUGCGCAGCCAACGACUGCUGCGUGCCGCGGCCACGAACUGACUGCUGGCUCGCCUGCGACGACGACCUCGUCAAACCCAUAUCUAACGAGGAGUUCGAGGACCUCUUAUCCGCGGAGCCUAAGAUGCGAUCCGCCGCCACCCCCUACCUUUUGUUUUAUGUCAAAAGUGAAGUCGGCUAGUUGUCGCUGAAACCCAGGACGACGGAUGCGCCCCUGUACCUCUUGUUCCAUGUCAAAAGUGAAGUCUGCUUAUUUUCAUGACAACGUAACACGCACUCCGCCGCCACUCCCUACCUCCUAUUCUAUGUCAAAAGCGAAGUGAAACAAAGGACGAUGCGCGAUGCGCUCCUGUACCCUCCCUUUUUAUCUACAUCAAAAGUGAAGUUUGCUUAUUUUUGUGAUAAAAACAAAGUCAGCUAGUAGAUCACAACCCAUGUUACCUGUUAAUUAAAUCUUUAACACUCGUCGUGAGUAAGAUAUGUGGCAACUGAAAGCAAUGUUUAAUUUGAUAUCAAAGUGAUAGUGAUUAAUGUAUGUAGUGACUUGUAAUGUCUUUUAAUUGUGGAUGUCUUUAGGUGAUUUCUAUAAUUUUGAAUAAUCACGUUCUUUAAAAUGAUCAUACAAAUAAUAUUUUUAUAAAAUAAUUAUUUAACCAUUUGGGAAAAUGAAAAACUUACUUUUAUCUCACUUGAUGUAAACUACAAAUAUGACUACCAAUAUCCAUAUACAGCUUUAAAAAAAUUCGCCAUUUACUUAUUUGGUACCGAACAUAUAUCACUCAUUGCAACAAUAACUUAACUGUGCAUAUUUCUUAUAGUUUUUGUAUUGGAUAUUGGAGGUAAUAUAAAUUUAAACAUUGUAUAUUUUUUUGUUUGGUUUGAUGUAUUUUAAAGCUUAAAAAGACAUUUAAGGAAGACACAGAUUAUAGUGUCAGCCUGACGUGAUAUUACGAAUGUAGCAACAUUGUAUUAAUAUUAGGGUAUUACAGAAAUCUUAUCAAUAGUAUUGUAAAGUUUAGAUAUAAAAGGAUUUCAUGCUGAUAUUCUGACCUGUUACAAUCAGACAAUAUAGAUUAAAAUGUUUAACUAUAUAAUUUUUUAAAAUUUAUACCUUUCAUUGUAUUGAUUAUUUGUAAAUGUGCAAAAGUAUUGUUGUUAAAAUCGAAUUAUAUAAAAGGUAUACAUUUCUACGCUCUUCUGAUAUUAAAGACAAUAUGGGCCUAAAUUAUUAUAUUAAUAUAAUUCAUUCAUAAAAGUGAUUAAUAUUUAAUAGUUAGAAAAGAAAUCUCGUUAAUUUAGUCACAAUCUUACGAGUGUUGUGUAAAGCUUGUUAAUUCAAUACUACUUGGCCUUAAUAAUUGUUUAUUAUUGAAAUAAUAGUUCAAAAAUAGAACAAUAUUUUAAGAAUAAAGGAAAGUUAUAUAUUGUAAGUACAGUAUUACCACGAAUAUAGUAAGUGCACCUCGUGCUUAGAAAAUUAUAAAUUAGAAAGAGUAUAUAAUAAAGUUAUUGUUUGGUGUAUUUUAAUAGAAUUUGUGUAAAAUAUCAAACAUAUAUAGUCUUUACCACAAAUGUUCCAAAUUUGAUAUUAAACAUUACGUUUCUUCAUAGUAUGUUUUGAUAAUACUGAAAUAGUAUUUGAAUCAUGAAAAUCGAUGUUAAGCGAUUGCUUAUUUGUAAAGUUAUUGUUUUGGAAGAUAAUUUAUACCAAUUCUAUUGAAAUAAAGUAUAGUCAUGAAAUGUUUAGUUAUGCCUUUACACCACUUGUUUUCGUGGUAGCACUGUUUCAUUGAACACCAAAAUAUUCAAUUUUGAUCUUGUUAACUCUUCACAGUAAAUUUCAUCAUUAAAAUUCCAUUACAAUUUUACUGAAGUGCUCAUUUUUUUUAAUGACAGUGAUACUAUAAUAUUAUCGCUUGCUUAAAAAUGACUGCUUGAUUUAUACAAUUUUAAACAAUGUACGAAUUAGCUAUGGUUUAAGAAGUUGCCUUUCAUAUGAACAACUAUUUUUCUACUUGAUCUGUAAAUAUAAUUCCAUUUUCGAUGAAUCUUGAGAUACUAAUAUUUUGUUUUUAUACAUUCUUGGGCUCGAAAAAUUUAAUCUAAUCAGUUUUAUAACAUACGUACCUUACUAUACCUUAGAUCGAUCGUCGUUUCUUGUAAAAAACCUAAAGCAAUAAAGAUGAUGCGAUAACACCCUAGAUCUUCUUUAUAUCAUUACAGUUUGUUUUAAAUAUAAUAAAUGACCAAUUCGAUUCGGUGUGUUAGAAGUACAUAUAGUAAAAAAAUAUAUUUAAAAACGCCGUGAAUGUGUACAACUGUAUGAUUACUGCAUUGAAUGUGGAACAUCUGAAUGAAUAUAAAAUUUCUAGUAUAAUAUUCUGUACCCAAGUGACUUUAUAUAACAAUGUUCAACCUUUUUCUCAUAUUACAAUCAUCUAAAGUAAAUCUAUUUUCUUUAAUCAAUAACAUUGCAAUUACUAUUUUUAAUGAAUUUUAUUUUAAAAAGUCGUUUAUUAUUAUUUUAAACUGAACCCGUUCCAGUAAUUGCUUUCUCUAUUUAUAAGCUGUAUAUUUUUGCGGAUGCCAUUCCAAAAACCUUUUAAAAAGGUAAAAUUCUUGUCAGUAGUUAUAUUAUUGAUUUUAAACGAAACAUGUUAUGAAUAAUUUUCAUGUAAAUUGGAUUGGAAUAAAUUUAAUUUCAAUAAAA